GAAAAAAAAAAAAAAAAUCUAUUUUGAAGUGUAAAAAUGAAAAAGUUCUCCUCCAUUGAAAAAUUGAAAUAUACCAUCUUUUUAUAAUUGAUUUACCAAUAUACCCUCACAUAAGUUAUUCAUUGACUCUCGAUACCUCCGGAGCAACCCAAUACACCCAAACUCUGGUGAGUCCCCCAUCGCCACCGUCCCUCCGUCACCGUCACCGUCACCGUCACCGUCACCGGCCUCAGCUCUACACCCAUCCAAACUGCAUCACCUCUCCCAGAAACACUCACACUAAGGAUCCUUCAAUCGAAUCACUCCCAUUUCUCUGGAUCACGAUUCGUGAGGCGUAGUACUGUUUGAAUUUUCCAUUGUGAACAAAAUGAAACUGAUUUCGUUGAGCUAAGAGCUGAGGAUUGAAGAACCACAAUAUGAUUCAAUUCAAUUCCAGUAAUGAUUCAAUUUGAUCUUGGUAUUUUUAUCAUAGGCGUGGACCCUUUGAACUUUUGUGAAUGACCAACAUCUGAGUCUUAAUCAUCUAUAAAGACAAGCAGUGAUAUUUUAGAAUUGGGUUUUGGACAGUUUCACAAGUUGGUAAAACAAUGAGGCAGAGAAACAAAGCUGUGUUUACUGGAAACCCAAAUUUACAUGGUUCCCUUUCAGAGAAAACAGAGGAGGAUCAAGACUUCAGUCCCUCCUCACUCUCACCCAGAAGAGUAUUCGCAAUCUGUUUGGCUUUUCGAUUCGUAAAUGCUCUUUUGGUGCAGACUUAUUUCAACCCAGAUGAGCAUUGGCAAGCCCUUGAAGUUGCUCACCGAAUUGCAUUUGGAUAUGGUCAUUUGACGUGGGAAUGGAAGAAGGGUAUUCGUAGCUAUUUGCAUCCAUUGAUCUUUGCUUUGUUUUACAAAGUUCUGGCCUUGCUGGGAUUGGAUACUCCUUUGUUCAUGGUAAAGGCUCCAAGGUUGCUGCAAUCCAUGUUUUCUGCUGUAGGUGAUUUGUAUUUGUACAAAUUAUCUGUUAUUGUUUUUGGUGAGCGUGUUGCCAAAUGGACUCUCUUUGCCCAAUUGACGAAUUGGUUCAUGUUUUUCUGUAUCACCCGUACAUUGUCGAAUACCUUAGAGACUGUUCUUACCCUUGUUAGCCUGUACUACUGGCCUUGUUUGCGACCAUCUUCCGACAAACUUCCCUUGAUGUCAAGGAAGUGGGGUUUGGCUAUGGCAGCGUUAGCUUGUGGUAUACGACCAACAAGUGCUAUUAUUUGGCUGUACGUAGGCCUUCUUGAGCUAUACGAGACGCGUGAUAGACUCAGAUUCAUUUUUCUGGAAGUGGCUCCAAUUGGGGUCUUGGUGCUUGGGCUUACAUCUAUUUUGGAUCGAUUGAUGUAUGGUUCAUGGAUAAUAGUACCUCUUAAUUUUCUAAAGUUCAAUUUUCUUUCCUCUGGUGGAGAUUAUUAUGGAACUCACAAGUGGCAUUGGUACUUCAGUCAAGGAUUUACUGUCAUGCUCUUUACUUUCUUACCAUUCUCAAUUGCUGGAAUUAUGCAGUCCAAAAAAUGGAAGCUUUCUGGUCUUAUAGCAUGGGUUUUAGGACUUUACAGUGUGCUGGGUCACAAAGAAUUCAGAUUUGUCCUGCCUGUGCUUCCUAUAGCCUUGAUGUUUUCUGGAUAUUCAUUAGCUAGAAUAAGCAUAUCAGAUUCUCCCAAUGGUAAAAGGAAGGGUUCUUCAAAUAUUUCUAGCAAAUGGCCUCCAAAAAUGCUCUUAGCCAUAUUCUUCUUGCUAGCUACCAAUAUUCCAAUGGCCUUGUAUAUGAGUUUGUAUCAUCAGAGAGGAACUGAGGAUGUAAUGAACUAUUUAUCGAAAGAGGCGCUCAACCAAAAAGUUGAAAGUAUCCUUUUCCUAAUGCCCUGUCAUGCAACACCUUACUACUCCACCCUGCACCGCAAUAUACCAAUGCGUUUUCUGGACUGCACUCCAAGUGACACAAAAGGAAUCCCAGAUGAGUCCGAUCGUUUCAUGAUGGAUCCUGUUGGUUUUACAUCUGAAUAUGCGAAAAAUUGGUCUUUACCUAGUCAUAUUGUAUUGUAUGAGCCAGAAGAAAAAUUAUUGAGGGACUUUUUAGUCUCACAUUCUUUCAGACAGGAAAAAAGGUUCUUCCAUGCUCACUUCAAAGUGGAUCGCGAUCUUCAAGCUUCGGUUGUUGUCUAUGUUUUGACUGACCAGUGACCAUCAUCUUCAAUAAGCUGGUGUUUGCAGAAGCUUCUAACUUUCUCUCUCUCGGGCUUCGAAUAUUUUGUUGUAGUUUUCUUUCUUGCUUAACAAGUAAUCAUACAUUAUUCAAAUUUUGGUCCACUGAUGUCAUUUUUGAUACACUGCUUCAAAAUGUAACGGGUAAAUUACAGAGCAUGAUAUACAGUAAAUUAAUCACUUCUGAUAUUAAUAUGACCAUUGUUUUCAUACCUUUGAUUAUUCA